GAGGUGAAAUGAUAAAUGCAGCAGUGCUUUAUGUGUAUGUUCUGUAUGUUGACUGCUAAUAUAACCCAGCAUAUAAUAGAACACCUCUCUUCUCACUGUCUCACCCGCAGUAAUGGAGCAAAGAGCGAAGCGAAUAAUAGGAUCAGCGAGUGCGUCUCUCUAGGUAAAAGCGUUAACUCUUACGAGGUUCUAUACUCCCAUCAGAUCACUGGGAGGGAUUUACAGACAGGAUAAAGCAGUGUGUCGGAUAUAAACUUGUAUUAUACAGAACCCUUCUCCUUGGGAAAACUGUCAUAAACAGCAACAAGCACAGGAGCAACAGAGGGGCAAGUGCAAGCCCUCCACAGAGCCCAGGAGCAAGCACCAGCUCAUUCCCAGGCUGCACCCCAUCCCUCAGUAUACUCUGCCUGGAUAUUACAUUGGAGUUACAAGAAAUCACUGGGAUUCACAGCUUGUUGGACCAACUUUGAGACUAUGAAGGACUGAUGUUCUGUUGUGAAUGGAUCUCCUAGAAUUCUGCAGACACAUUUGUUGAUCUCCUUCUGCAGACUAUGAGAAUUUCAUAGACAUGUAAAGAAAUUCCAGAUCAAGACAAUAGAAGGAAUGAAUUCAGUUUUGUAAAGAGUACAAUGUACGUGCCAUGAAGAAGACACAUCACAGACCUAAUGAAGUUAUCUUUUACUAUCUUUUCGGGCUAGCAUUCUUCAGAUAUCUUUCUGUGUUCCCAAAAUGAUGGAAAUAUCCUUCAUUAAAUGUGAAAUGUUUGGAAGAACACUUCAUUAAAUAUUCUAAAAGAAGUGAUAUCUUACCAUACGAUGUUGUUUGGCGCCAAAGAUUUAAGUGAUAUUUAGAGGUCACUGCAUAGAAGUUAAAGAAUCCAAAUUAUCCAUAGUUGGAGACCAGUAAAGUCAACACUUUAAAAAAGUUAAUCAGAUGUGGAAGUAUCCUUAAUCAUUGAUUUAUCUAAGUAUGCUUUAUAACAGUAAUACCGAUUUACUAUAGAAACUGGCUGAAAAUAUGGAAAGCCCCAGUGGCAGGAGCUAUGGACCCAGCAAUUUCACAAUUUACAGGGUCAAACUCAACAGCUCCAACUCAAGCUCAUAUUUCACCAGUGUUCAGCUCAUACAAUCCUACAAGCCGCUCAUCAUACCAUGCUACACUUUAGUAGUAUUAAUUGGAAUAUUUGGAAACUACCUGCUCCUGUAUGUCAUCUGGAGAACCAAGAAAAUGCACAAUGUCACCAAUUUCUUUAUUGGAAACCUGGCUUUUUCGGACAUGCUCAUGUGUGCUACAUGUGUGCCCUUCACUCUCGCCUAUGCUUUCAACUCCAAGGGUUGGGUAUUUGGCAAGUUUAUGUGCUCCUUUGUGUUCCUGAUACAACCAGUAACAGUUUACGUCUCUGUGUUCACCUUGACGGCCAUUGCUGUGGACAGGUACUAUGCAACUGUACACCCUUUGAAAAGAAGAAUAUCUGUUACUACGUGUGUCUAUGUCUUGGGAGGUAUCUGGCUUCUGUCCUUCGCUUUGGUUGGACCUGCUAUUGCCCACACUUAUUAUAAAGAGUUCCAACAGCAAGGCUUUGCCAUUUGUGAGGAACUUUGGAUUGAUAAAGAGACAGCAAGGUUGGCCUAUGGGUACAGCACCCUGAUCAUCACAUACAUCCUUCCUUUAUCUGCAGUAUCAUUAUCCUAUAUCUGCAUUACGGUGAAGCUGAAAAACAGAGUGGUCCCAGGCCAUCCCACUCAAAGUCAAGCUGAAUUUGAAAGACUACGCAAGAGGAAGAUAUUCAGGCUCAUUGUGUUGGUGGUAUCAGCCUUUGGAAUAUGUUGGCUUCCUAUCCAUGUUUUCAAUAUUAUUCGGGACAUUGACAUCGAUCUCAUUAACAAGCACUAUUUCCUUUUUAUUCAGCUUUUCUGUCAUUGGUUUGCCAUGAGUUCCUCUUGUUGCAACCCAUUCUUGUAUGCCUGGCUUCAUGACCGAUUCCGCAGUGAGCUAAAGAAGAUGUUCACCUUUAAACGUAAAAUAAUCCCAACUAACAAUUGUGUGGCCGUGAGUGUGAUGCUCUAGAAGUCACCUUGUCUAUUCUUAGUAGCAAAGACAACCUAAGGAUUUAAAUGGUCACUAACCUUUCAACAAACAUUUCAGGGCAAGCUACAAUGUGUAUACUUGGGGAGAAGCACUAUUUCUGGCCAUUACAUAACUUGUGUAUGGCAUAUUUUACCAGUUUUACCCUCUGCAGCCUCCAUCUCUAAUUUUUGGUUGUCCCUGAGCUAGUGGGAGGAGCUGAUUCUAUGAGGACUCCUGUACACUGCAAACACACAACCUAGAAGUGGAAAUCUUGCUCCCAUAUAGUUUCAUACGGCAUUAUCACAAGGAGUAGCAGCAUUGAUGAGUAGUGUAAGUUGUGAAUACAGCAUUGGGUGAAAUAUAACACUUUACCUUUACCUUCAGUAACCUGUUCUACAUUGCUCCUCACAAGAUGGGUUUUAGCAGAUUUUUCAGAAUUAAGAAUACAUUUAGAAAAAUAGGGGAGGAAGGAGCCUGAUAAAUUGGUAGAGAGUCAUUUCUCUAAUAAGAUAUAUUUUUAAUUUUCUUAAAUUUACUUGUACUAUGGAUUUAUGCAAUGUUUGUUCAAAUGUAAGUGACCAUUUAAAACUACUAUGAAACUAUGGUAUGUUCUUUAAGUCACCAAAUGCUUUACCAAUAGGCAUGCCAUGAUCCAUGGGAGAAAACAUCUAUCCCUGGUUUUUCGGAUACUCCUUCAGGUUUAAAAUUAAAAAGUCAGAGAUUCAGUUUCGAUGAACAGUUGGAUUUUCUCACUUAUGACAGCAAUUAGGUCCAGUAACAAUGUGGUAACUGCAGUGAGCCAUUUACCAAGGAACUUAGAUGUCAUCUCUAUAAGAGACACUUUAGAAUACAGAGAUGAAUAACAUUGAUAAAAAUGUGCCUUCUAAGAGGUUUCAUGAUGUUUAUUUUUAUGAUAGCGGACUUUUCUAACGUCUUAAGGGCUGACUCUUCUUGUAAACGUAUUGCUGCCUAAAAGACGUAAAAACAUGCUGCACUGCGAAGUUGCCUAGGUAUGAUCGUGAUACCCGUACAUUGUUCAUUCAACAAACACUCAUCUGAAGCAUUUAAGCCAUUGCUUUUCUAGCUGAAAUUCUUAACCAAUUAAAUGUCAGUUUCUGGUAAAUGAAUGUAGAAGUUAAAAUGCAAAACAUGUAUGUCUGUAAUAAUCAGAAAUGACCAAAAUAAAGGUUAAAGAGUCAACAAUAAAAUAAUAUCCCCAAUUCUUGACUCUUGAUUCUAGUCCUGCCUCCAUUUUAACUCUAAUAUUUUUUUUUAUUACAUUGUUC